UUCUUCCUCUCAUCACCACACAAACUCAUCACCACCAUGAAAACCAGCUUCGGUUCCCACACUGCUAUCCAUUCCCACACCACAUAUUCCCCCGCCUCCAUUCCCAAAAACCAAAAAAAUGCUGCCUUUCCUUUCUAGGACAUGUCCCUACCGCCCUUGUUCUCUGAAUAAAAAACAAAAAACGGAAAGAAAAAAAAUCUGAAAAUAGAAAUUGAGAAAAAGCGAAAAGAGGGAGGGAGGAGAGAGAAAGAGAAAUGCUGGCGAGGGAAUCGAGCAGUUGGAACUUCGAUCUUCCCGAGGAAGUGCUGCAAGUUCUGCCACCCGAUCCUUUCGAGCAGCUCGAUGUGGCCCGCAAGAUCACCUCAAUUGCCCUCGCGACACGUGUCUCCUCCCUCGAGUCCGAGGCCGACGCUCUUCGCGCCCAGCUCGCCGACAAGGACCGCCUCGUCGCCGACCUCCAGGCCCAGGUCCAGUCCCUCGACGCCUCUCUCUCCGACACCGCCGACAUGCUCGCCCUCGCCGAGCGGGAAAAGGAGGAGUUGUUGAAGGAGAAGAGCUACCUGUCCAAUACUGUGAGGAAGCUCAACAGAGAUGUCUCCAAGUUGGAGGUGUUCAGAAAGACGCUUAUGCGUUCGCUGCAGGAGGAGGACGAGAGUGGAGCUUCGGAGGUGGUUGCUAAGGCGGAGGAGCAGACCGGAGAGAGCUUAUCUUCUCAAUCGCAGACUGGACCUGCAGAACAUGAUGCCACAUUGCCACCUUCGAAAACAUCUUCAAUCCAGAGCCAAUUCUCUGAAACAGGAAGCACAUAUACUGAGGAUCGUGACACAAAUGCCUCGAGGGCUCCUCGCAUAUCACCAGGGCUCCUAUUAGCAUCCCAAACCAGCACACCGCGGCUUACUCCCCCGGGGUCUCCUCCUAUCUAUUCGGCAUCCACAUCCCCAACUAGGACAUCAAAGCCGGUGUCCCCAAGGCGGCAUUCCAUGUCAUUUACUACCUCAAGAGGCAUGUUUGAUGAUAGAUCUUCGGUGCCCUCAAGCCAUCACGGCUCCAUGCCAGGCGCUGAACAUGGAAGGACUCGAGUGGAUGGGAAAGAAUUUUUCCGCCAAGUCAGGAGUCGUUUGUCUUAUGAGCAGUUUGGUGCAUUUCUGGCAAAUGUUAAGGAACUAAAUGCCCACAAGCAAACAAAAGAGGAGACUCUGCAUAAAGCUGGUGAGAUAUUUGGCCCAGAUAAUAAGGAUCUAUAUGUCAUAUUUGAAGGAUUGAUCAGUCGUAAUGUCCAUUGACUUUUCGUGGCAAUUGAAGUCUGUGAACGUCAGUUUCACUACUUGCAUCUGUUUUUCGAUGUAAAUUAAAUAUAUGUCUCUACUUUUUUUUUUUUUUUUUUUUUUUUGAGACUAGGGUAUCCGAGUCUUUGACCCGACUAAUCCCUAGGUCCCCCGCCUGACCCCACAACAUUUGGGGAACUGGAAACUCUAGCAAUUGCUAGGUGGGUACCUUGGGAGAGGGUCGAACCCCAGACCACUUAAAUAUAUGUCUCUACUAAACCAAUUCUUUGAACUCCUGUAACUGUAUGAGUAGUAAAUUUGCGAGAAUGUUGGCAAA